AUGGAUUUUGUCUUAUUGGCUCAUCACUCAAAGCUCGAAGUCGCUCAGGGACAUGGGGUAUUUGUCGUUGACGAAGCGAAUACGUUACAAACGGUAUUACAAAAACCAACUCCUGCAGAACUUUUGGCUUAUCCAGGGGCGAAAUUAAAAGACGAUUGCUACUUAACAGACUCUGCUUACUGGAUAAAUUGGGAUAUUGGGAAGAAACUGACUGAAGAGUACGCAGCAAAAAGACCAAUUCAAUGUGAACUUUGCUGCUAUUCCGAUUUCAUGCGGCCCCUUGGGAAAACACCUGAUUUGCGCUACCUAGAUGAGGCGCCCGGUGAAAAAGGAAGCUGGCAACAAUUUUAUGCCUCAACGUUCAAGGGAUCCCGUGUUGGCCUAAUGAUACAGGGGACAAAUACCUUUUUCCAUUUUGGGACGUCUAAUGAGUACUUUCAACAUUGUGCCCCGGGCUCUGAAUUUUAUAAAAAGUUUAUUAAAGGGUCGAGCACAAGGGAGCACCUUGAAUUCUACUGCUCUAUCGAUCCAAAAACUGUCAUUGGGUAUGGAAGUAUAUUAUUUGAUGUGGUCAUUGAAAGCCCAGUCGAGGUACCAGAAGAUAUCCUGAUUUUUACACUGCCGGUGGAUGAUGGAUAUAUCACUGCGCUUUUCCCUGUGAGUGUGGACAUCAAAAACACAACGAGCUGGGGUUUGCACCCAUUGCAUUCCAAUUCUUUAUGGAGCGCCCCGUUAUUUCCAAUGCGUGCGACGCGGUUUGAAUCAAUACGUGCAACCCUACAACUCUGGAAUUCCGACGGCCAUCAGGACAUCCCAGAAAAGCUGUAUUCUAUCUCCGAGGCGAUAUCCGCAUGCGAAGUCGCAAAACUGGUCAAACAUCGCUUAGAAUUCGAGGGCCAA